AUGACAGCUGAGACAGUUGCACACGCCUUUUACACUCAGUGGAUUUGUCAAUUCGGUACACCAUUGACAAUCACCACUGAUCAAUGUCUGCAGUUCGAAUCAGCACUGUUCACCUCACUCUCACGAAUCAGAACGACGCCGUAUCAUCCUCAAUCGAAUGGUCUGGUGGAACGGUGGCACCGCACACUCAAUGCGGCUCUCAUGUGCAAUAAUGAGACACUUUGGCCGGACAUGCUGCCGUCAGUUCUACUAGGACUCCGAACCGCAUACAAACCAGAUCUGAAAGCAUCUCCUGCUGAAAUGCUUUUCGGGACUACAAUGCGUAUACCCGGUAAUUUCUUUGAUACAGCAAGCUCACCAGGUGAUCCACAAACAUUCGAGAGGAAAUACAGCCAAAUCAUCCAAGCAAUCAGGCGAGCACCAACAGCUCAUCACACCAAACGCAAGCUGUUCCUACUCAAAAACCUAGACACGUGCACCCACGUCUUCAAGAGAGUAGACUCCAUCAAGAAGCCUCUGCAACAACCAUACACUGGCCCCCAUGAAGUCAUCCAGCGUGUAGACGACAAAACCUACAUCAUUAGAAUCAAUGGGGCAGACAAAACAGUCUCAAUCGACAUGCUGAAGCUAGCAUACAUUGAGUUAACAGACAACUCAUAA